AUGCACACUAAAGCGGUUAAAGCUAGCCUAGACCAAGUACUUAGUGGCCACCCAAAAUCUCUAUUCUUUAAACAGCUCUGUGGAGUCGGAUUGGUGCUUGUCGUUGGGUUGUUUUCUUUUAUCGACGCUGGCGGCCGACGAUCGACUAAACAGCCAGUACGAAAAGGCUCAUUAGCAAGUUCUAGUCGCUCAACAGCCACCCAGACCUCUAGCUCCCAGGAACACAUAACGGCCUUGCGAGCCCGAAUUAAAGAUAUGAACCAUGUGCCACUUGAUAAGGCAUUAGAUAACAUUCCCACGGACGAUGGCAAUGACAAUAGUGCCACAAGAGAGGAGUACAAACAGGAGCUGGCCACAAAGAUAAUCAUAGUGAAUGGGACCACGAACGACAUUGUAUGGAACUCCUUGUUAGUAAAGCUUAGUUUGCUAAAGGGACUAACCUGCCACGGGUUAGUGAUAUUUGGGGCAGCUCAACAACCACCCAAUCUUAACCAAACCAAUAGAAUUUCAGUUGUGUUUUUAAAAAACCUCCUAGCUACUAUCACAAGUAAUCUGUUGAUGGUAUAUAACAUCAAGUAUAGUCCGCAGGAGAUUGCGGCGGCAGCAGCCGAGCCAGACCCUCAGCAGGGCUGGCUGACCAUCGCCUCGGUUGAUAUAGUCCUGAAUGGCUGCAACCAAGCAGUUGCUGAGACUAUUGCCAAGAGUUGGGCCCGUUGUCCUGUGACGAGUAUUUAUACGAAGCACUGCGACCUUCAGGACUUCAGCUGGUUGCUAGGGAUAGAGUUGCUUGACCACUUCUCUUUGUCGAUUAUCAAAUGCCAAAGUUCUAUGGGCCCACUAACUAUUGACUUGAAUCUUUUACGCCUUCUUUUUGCCGACACCAUCAGUUGUGUUCUUUCAUACCUUCCUCCGAAUGUUAGGUUAGUUUCUCUGCCCUUCCAACCCGCCACUACCUCAACUCGAACCUGGCAGCGCUCUAACGACAGUUUGCUUGAUAUAGAUCUUGAUUGGGAGGCCUUUACGCGACUUUGUGAGAUGACCUGUCAAGUGCCUUUGAAAAUUCGCCACCUCUAUCUCAAUCCCCGGAAGCCUCAACUACUGACCCAAAUCAAGGACACAUACAGGCGGUACAAACAAACCCAGGAUCCGUCGCGACCGCGUUCUAACCCAAUUACCGUGGAUGUGCUAUACGUCUCUCUACCCUCUGAAACUCCUUGUUUGCACAGCGACUGUGUUCGGGCUGCCUUUAUUGGCCUCAAGGCAUAUAUGCCGUCUAUCCAGAACUAUAGUAUUUUCUACGCGCCCACUGUUCAUCCCAAUAACCGUCUUCUUACAACUCUAGCAUUUCUGUAUAGUAUUUCUACGCCCGCCGAAGCUAUGGUGGAAACAGACUUCCCAGUCGAAUGCAUCAAGCAGCACCCGAUUCGAAAGGAAAAGCAAGAGGUAGCCCAGCCCAAAACCAUCGAUCUUAGUAUAUUUAUUCGCGAUCCCAAUUACUUCAAGCAACUACAUAGCCACGUUGCCAUCUGGUGUAGCUGUAUUCACUAUCAAGAGCUAACUAUCCAAGGCACUGCCACAACAUUAGACGCCAAGGUGAAAGCGCAAGAGGGCCUUGCUCUCUUCCUACUACUCCAAAACUUCGGCAAUCUUCAAGCCGAUCGACUAACCAUUAAAGAUGUAUGCUUCCAUGCGCCAAAAAAGCCCCAAACAACGGCUACGUCAACAUUCGACUGGAUGAAGCGCUUUAAAAAGAACUACGCACAGCAGCCGCUCGACGACAACCUUCUCUUUAAGCGGGUGACUACUUUACGGCACUUAACUCUAGCAAACGUUGACGAAGCCAUAGUCUGCUACAUUUUGAAGGUUUAUGUCUUCCACAAAGGCGUUGUAGUGGAACUUCAAAACUGCCGCUUUACCAGUUUAGCCACUCUCACCCAAGCAGUCAACUUGUUGCCGCAAAACCGGAUUAAAGAGCUUUGGGCGAUCGACUGCCAGCUAGGAAAGAUUGAGUCAAGUUUAAUCGCUCGACAAAUAGUUCGCAAGUUGUACAUAAGCUAUGGACACGCCCACUCUUCAGGCCCAAAUACUAGCCCAAUCCGGCCUGAGUUAAAACCCCUUUACACCAAGGACAUGCCGCUAGUUUUAUCUCUCCGGGACUACCAUGCUCACCAGAAAACUCGAGAGCUGCAGCAGGCCAUUGACCGGGCCUCAACUAUAGCUCUAGAAGUUGCAUCACUGGCAGAGUUAUCUGAAAAAGGCAGCGCCACGUCGCAAGACCAAGCACUUGUUCAGCAUCCGGUCUGGAAGUCUAUAUUCAAUGGUAACAACACUUCUCGUACAGCCCAGCAACUUAUUAAAAGCAUUGUCAGCAGUGUUCAGCUCUUUUCUCAGGCGGGCAAAUUGGUGCUAUCUACCUCGAGCGCUGUUAGUGAUGAAGAUCUUCAAACUGUCCAAACACAGCUGAAUGAAUUAGAGACUCUUCAUCUGCCUUUGCAGAGCAUUGAAGUCCGCUGCCGUCGAAAAGGAAGUGUAGAGACGGUUGAUGUUUUUCGGGCAAAUGCGCCUCUGGUUCACCCCCAAAGAAAGGCCUCCAUAAGUACAUCUACCACAUGA